AUGGAAAGAAGACCAUUACUGCACAUAAGGGGGUCCAUUAAUACAGAUGAGUUCCUUGAUGACUCUGUCAAAGUUAGUCCUGAUUGUGGGAAAGUCCUCAGUGCAAAAUACGAAAGCCUGGACUAUGAUGUAUGUGAGAAUAGUCUUCUCCUUGAAGAAGAGCGUCGUCGGGGAUAUCCUUAUAUUUUGCGUAUGGGCAUCUCUCGUUGGCUGGUUAUGUGCAUAAUUGGGGCAGCAACUGCUUUAGUAGCCUGUGUUAUUGAUAUCAGCAUUGACCAAUUGACAACAUUGAAGUAUCGAGUCCUGAAAAAGUUCACAGACCAAUGCAUUCUUGAAAACUGCCUUGUGACACCAUUUUUGUUAUGGGCGAGCUUCAAUGUUUGCUUUGUGAUAAUUGCUGCCAUAUGUGGAUCCUGUGUGGAACCUGUAGCUGCAGGAAGUGGAAUUCCUCAAGUGAAGUGUUACUUGAAUGGAGUGAAGAUCCCCCGUGUCGUGAGGAUCAAAACAUUGCUUGCAAAGGCAGUUGGUGUGACAUUCUCUGUUGCUGGAGGUUUAGCAGUUGGAAAAGAAGGGCCAAUGGUUCAUUCAGGAGCUGUGAUAGCAGCAGGUGUAUCACAAGGAAAGAGCACCUCAUUGAAACAGGAUAUUGGCAUUUUUGAAUACUUUCGGGAAGAUCGUGAAAAGCGUGAUUUCGUGUCAGGUGGUGCGGCUGCUGGUGUUGCUGCAGCAUUUGGUGCACCUGUUGGAGGUGUGUUGUUCAGUCUAGAAGAAGGUGCCAGUUUCUGGAAUCAGUCCCUCACAUGGCGAAUAUUUUUUGGCUCCAUGGUGUCAGUAUUUGUGUUGAAUCUUGUCCUUUCUGCUUAUCAUGGCCAGCCUGGGCAACUGGCAUAUGCUGGUCUCCUGAACUUUGGCAAGUUUGAUACUCUGAAUUAUGAUUGGUUGGAGCUGCCAAUUUUUCUCUGCAUGGGUGGUAUUGGUGGACUGUUGGGAGCAUUCUUCAAUCAGCUUAAUUAUAAGUUGAGCAAGUUCCGCAUGAGGCAUAUUGGACAUAGAGCUUGGAUGCAGGUGAUGGAAGCCAUGAUUGUUGCUGCUACCACAGCAACUGCUGGGUUCAUAAUGAUCUACACGAUUGAUGAUUGCCGUCCAAUAGGACAGGAUCCCAACAAAUUCUCCAUCCAGAUGUUCUGUGGCGAUGGAGAGUAUAACACUUUAGGUGCUCUGUGGUUCCAGACACCAGAAGCAAGUGUACGGUCAUUCUUUCAUGACCCCCCAGGAAGUCAUCAUCCGGUGUCUGUGAUGAGCUUCUUCAUUGUGUAUUUCCUCCUUGCUAUUUGGACAUAUGGCUUGGGAAUCCCAUCUGGAUUGUUCAUCCCAGGUCUGUUGACAGGAGCUGCAUGGGGACGUCUAGUUGGAAUGGGUCUGUCAGCUGCUUUUCCAACUGCAGCUUGGGUAGAUCCAGGAAAAUAUGCUCUUGUUGGUGCUGGUGCCAUGCUAGGAGGUAUUGUGAGGAUGACACUCUCCCUUACUGUCAUUCUCAUAGAGGCAACAGGAAACAUCUCUUUUGGGUUACCUCUCAUGAUAACUUUGAUAACAGCCAAGUGGGUUGGUGAUUACUUCAAUGAAGGCAUUUAUGACAUGCAAAUAGGAUUAGCUGGAGUCCCCAUUCUUGCCUGGGAGGCUCCUCCUCUCUCCAGGACUAUAUAUGCCCCCCAGGUGAUGAGUCAUCCUGUCAUCACUUUCUCACCUGUGGAGAAAGUCAGGAAUAUUGUUAAUGUGUUAAAGACAGAGGUACACAAUGGAUUUCCUGUUGUAGAACAUUCUUCUUGUGAUAGUGAAGAAUUGGGGCGUUCCUGUGGGAGAUUAAGAGGGUUGAUACUACGAUCACAACUAAUUACCCUUCUUCAACAGAGGGCCUUCAAUGAAGAGCCAGCAUUGCUGUCUAGACACAUUGCAAUGAAGAAUUUUCGUGCCAGUUACCCUCGAUAUCCCAGCAUACGAGAAGUGGAGUUGAAGGAGGAAGACAUGGAACAUACAAUUGAUCUGAGGCCAUACAUGAAUCCAUCUCCAUACUCCAUACAGCAUAACACAUCUCUACCAAGAAUCUACCUACUCUUUCGUGGACUUGGCCUGCGCCACUUGGUGGUUGUCAGUGACAGUAAUCAAGUUGUUGGUGUGGUGACUCGCAAGGACCUGGCUCGAUUUCGUGCUGGGCAUCAUAGAGGGCAAUCAGGAACUGAAGAAUUACUUAUAUCUGAGAGAGUGUAG